UCCAACCCCACUCCAUCUUUUCUGAGCCAUCUUCCCCAGAUUUUUAGAUCAUUGCUACCCCACCGGCCACCCUCAGAUUCCGUGCCAAUUUUUUUUUUUUUUUGGGUAAGAGUCUGAGAUUUAUUGGGAGAAAUGGAGGCCAAACUGGGUUCCUUCAGAUACAGUUUCACGGGGAAAAGGGAAAGGGAGAGGCUGCUGUCGGCAAAGGGGUACUCGGAGGUCGGUGGGUUUAUGCCCGUUUUAGGAGACGGUGAAGAAGAAGGAGAAGCAGUUAGGUGUUGGUGUCUCUCGUUUCGGUCGCUUUCGGAUAAAGCUUCGAGGUCUUGGAACACGGUGCAAGAUGUGGCUUACGAGGCCUGGAAGAUGGGUCGUUUGGACCCUAGGAAGAUCGUCUUCUCCGCAAAAAUGGGUCUGGCCUUGAUGCUCAUUUCCUUGUUGGUUUUCUUGAAACAGCCGGUCGCGGACGUCGGCCGCUACUCCGUUUGGGCUAUUCUCACUGUUGUGGUCGUCUUUGAGUUCAGUAUAGGAGCAACACUUAGCAAAGGAUUUAACCGUGGGUUGGGGACAUUAUCAGCUGGUGGGCUUGCUUUAGGCAUGGCAGAGUUAUCGGAAUUGGCUGGAGAGUGGGAAGAAGUUUUUAUCGUUCUGAGUAUCUUCAUCAUAGGAUUCUGUGCAACAUAUGCAAAACUAUACCCAACAUUGAAGCCUUAUGAAUAUGGGUUUCGGGUCUUCUUGUUGACUUACUGUUUCAUUACGGUAUCUGGCUAUAGGACAGGGGAUUUUAUUGAUACAGCCGUGACCCGAUUCUUGCUCAUUGCACUUGGUGCCGGUGUUUGUUUGGUAAUAAACAUAUGCAUUUAUCCCAUCUGGGCUGGUGAGGAUCUGCACAAUUUGGUGGCAAAGAAUUUUACAGGUGUUGCAACAUCUUUGGAAGGUUGUGUUAAUGGUUACCUUAAUUGUAUCGAGUACAAAAGGGUCCCUUCAAAAAUUCUUACCUACCAAGCUUCCGAUGACCCUCUGUACAGUGGAUACAGAUCAGCUGUAGAAUCUACAAGCCAAGAGGAUGCUCUGAUGGGAUUUGCUAUUUGGGAACCACCUCAUGGUCCUUACAAAAUGCUUAAAUACCCGUGGAAGAACUACGUCAAAUUAAGCGGUUCAUUGAGGCAUUGUGCAUUUAUGGUCAUGGCUUUGCAUGGAUGUAUACUUUCAGAAAUACAGGCCCCUGCUGAAAGAAGACAGGUUUUUCAAAGUGAGCUUCAGAGAGUGGGUUUUGAGGGUGCUAAAGUGUUGCGUGAACUUGGGAACAAAGUGAGAAGGAUGGAGAAAUUAGGUCCAGUGGACAUACUUUAUGAAGUGCAUGAGGCUGCAGAAGAGUUGCAAAAGAAGAUUGACCAGAAAUCAUUCCUUCUUGUCAAUUCUGAGAACUGGGAAAUUGGAAACCGGCCGGAGCUGGGAGAUCCCCAGGAUUUUCUGAACUUGGAUGAAGAAAGUAAAAUCCUUCAAUACAAGUCCCUGAGUGAAACUGUACUAGAUCUCAGAUCGGUUCCAGUUUCAACUAGUUGGGAUAGGAAGGUCCCAACGGGCAUGAGUUCCGCCCUGGCUGCUGGUGUUCCUCCAGAAAACGUGCUCGUGAAACAAAUAUCAUGGCCCCGACGUAUUUCAUUUAAUGCCGAUGCAGUGCUGAUAGAGGAAGAAUCAAAAACUUAUGAAAAUGCUAGCGCACUGUCAUUAGCCACGUUUGUAUCUCUUUUGAUUGAAUUUGUUGCAAGGCUUCAAAAUCUUGUCGACUCGUUUGAAGAAUUGAGUGACAAAGCAAACUUCAAGGAUCCUGUUGAGCAACCAUCAACAUUAGAGCCCGAGGGGCUUUGCAACAGAUUGUUCAACUUCCUAAAGUCCCGGAACUCGAGACGUCAUCUACUCAGUUAAAGUCUAAAGAUGAUGGAAAACAGAUGCCCUUAUUACCUUAUGUAUCAUCUUCCAGGAGCUAUGCCUUCUAAUAUUGCCCUCGAAUCGAAGCCUUCAUUAGUCGGCUAUAAAACACAAUGGAGACACAUUUCUGCUGUUUUCCUUGCAGAUGAAUGUGGUUACUGGUAUCAAUCAAUGCUCUCCAAGAGAAAUCCUGAUGGAGAACUUGCAAUCCCUAUACCCAAAGAGGAUGAUAAGGAUUGAUCUGACCGUGAUCACAAUAUAUAUGUAUGUGCUACUCUUAAAAUGUUGUAGUAAAGAUCGGUCACUUGUCUCAGAAGCUGAAGUGCAUGCCAAGCCAAACUUCGAUCUCAACUUAACUCCGCUCAACUCACUAUCUAAACGGUGCAUUACACUUUCA